AGAGGAGUCCGGAGCGCAGCGCAGCGCGGACGCGUCUUCAUCUCUCCUCCCCCUUCAGACCCCGCCGCUCCGCUCCAUCUCUCCGUCUCUCUUUUCCCCUCUUUCUCUCUCUCUCUCUCCCUCUCUCUCUCGCGCUUCCUCUCCCCCUUUCUUAAAUUGACAUUGGUCUGGCUCGAAUCAUGAUAACAGAAAAGCCUUCCUCCGCUCCGCGUUGUCGGACUGUCCUCAACCCCGAUCACUUGAAACUCAAAUAAGCCGGCGUGAAGAGGAAAAAGGGGAUCGCACAGUAUCCUAUCAGCAGCUGCUCGGAAGGAAUACAAGAUACCUUUAUACCACACACACACACACACACACCACACACGCACACACGAACACACACGCGCACACACACACACACACACACGCAUACACGCACGCACACACGCACACACUCACACACUCGGAUGUGCUCCUGCGCAUCGUAGAUCUUAGAAAGUACUCGUGUUGAACUGUAGUGAAAGUUAACAUGUAUAUGCACGCUUUGAUACGCGCAAGCCUUGGAUUUGUAGGUUUCUGCUUGGUCGCCUUUGUCCAACAGUCAGCUUCAGGAAGUAAGACCACUCAAGAUGUGGACGAGUGUGCAGAGGCGCUUGACAACUGCAGCAUCGAUGCCAUCUGCCAGAACACCCUGAAGUCAUACAAAUGUAUCUGCAAGUCAGGCUAUAAAGGGGAUGGCAAACAUUGUGAAGAUGUUGACGAGUGUGCAACUGAAUACAACGGUGGCUGCGUCCAUGAGUGCAUCAACAUCCCAGGAAAUUACAGGUGCACAUGCUAUGAUGGCUUCCGCUUGGCACAUGAUGGGCACAAUUGUCUAGAUGUGGAUGAGUGCUCAGAAGGCAACGGCGGAUGCCAGCAGAUUUGUGUCAACAUGAUGGGCAGCUAUGAGUGCCGCUGCAGAGAAGGAUUCCUCCUGAGUGACAACCAGCAUACCUGUAUCCAAAGGCCUAAAGGUGGAAAGGGUCAAAAGGAAAGGGCCCAACCCCCUUUUUUGGACAAGAAUCCCCCGGUUGAAAAUUUGAGGGAAAACAGAAAGGGGGGGCAUUUUCCUGCGGGGGGCGACCCGGAUUCCGCUCCGGGGAAACAAGGACUGCAAAUGACGUGUAACUACGGUAAUGGGGGUUGCCAGCACAUCUGCGAGGAGACGGACCACGGCCCCAAGUGUUCGUGCCACAUGAAGUUCGUCCUGCACAGCGAUGGAAAGACUUGUGUAGAGACCUGUGCAGUGAACAAUGGCGGCUGUGAUAGCACAUGUCAUGAUUCAGUGACAGGAGUCCGCUGCAGCUGUCCUGUUGGCUUCACUCUGCAGCCAGACCGCAAGACCUGCAAAGACAUUGAUGAGUGCCGUCUCAACAAUGGGGGGUGUGACCAUGUGUGUCGAAACACAGUGGGAAGCUUUGAGUGCAGCUGCAAGAAAGGCUACAAGCUGCUGACCAAUGAGAGAACUUGUCAAGAUAUUGAUGAGUGCUCUUUUGACCGCGCCUGUGACCACUUCUGUAUCAACUCUGCCGGGAGUUUCCAGUGCGUCUGUCGUAAAGGCUACAUCCUCUACGGCCUGGCACACUGUGGAGAUAUUGAUGAAUGCAGUAUAAACCGCGGAGGAUGUAAAUACGGCUGCAUCAACAGUCUGGGGAGCUAUGAGUGUACCUGUCCACCCGGGUACAAGCUGCACUGGAACAGGAAAGACUGUAUUGAGUUGGUGAAAUGUCCUCUUGGACUGAUGGCACCAAAGGCUACUCUGGCCUGUAGCAAGACGGGCAAGAAAGAGAGCUGCUCUCUUACCUGUGCCUCUAAGGCUCACUAUCUGGCAGAGUCUGACAACAGCUACUCAGUCAGUUGUGGUAUCCCCAUCCUCAGAGGGAAGUCCUCUGCAAGGCUCAACUCCAGCAACAGUCAGAGCUGCAUAGAGACUUUGGCCCCUCCAGUGAAGCAGACGGCUUCUUUCAAGAUUAAAAACGCCAAAUGUCACCUGCACCCGAGGCUGACCGGCAGGACCGAGGACAGAGGACGGACACUUGGACCAGGAGGGGGGCAGCCCUGCAGCAACUGCCUGGUGACAUUUGUCAACCUCAAAUGCGACUCCUCUAAGAAAAAUAAAGGCCGACGUGCUCGCAACCCCUCUAACAAGGAGGUGACACGCAUUACUUUGGAGCUGGAAGCUGAGGUCAAACCUGGAGACACUACGGGGAGUUGUAAUCUUAGCUGCCUGAGGCAGCGCAUGGAGAAGCAGGUUAAGACGUAUAUCAAGGCUCUUAAGAAGUCCAUCAACCAGGAACGCUUCCUGAUCCGAGUUGCUGGUUUGGAAUACGAGGUGGCCCAGAAACUUCCCCAGGCUGCUCCCAGUCAGGAGAACUGUGGGCCGGGCUGGGAGAGGGACAGUGGCCGAUGUGUCAGAUGCUUGUCGGGGUCUUAUUACCAUGGUGAGCAGGAGCGCUGUGUCCAGUGUCCGCCCGGGACUUUUCAGGAGAAGGAGGGGCAGCUUGCCUGUGACCUCUGCCCCGGCAGCGACGGCCACGGGCCUGUCGGGGCACGAAACAUCUCCUCAUGUUCAGGCCAGUGUCCGACGGGGUCCUUCUCCAGCGAUGGAUUCAAACCGUGUCAGGCGUGCCCUCACGGCUCCUACCAACCAGAUUUGGGACGGACCCUGUGCUUCCCAUGUGGGGGAGGACUGGGCACCAAACGGGAAGGUUCCAGCUCCUUCCAUGAUUGUGAAGUCAAAGUCCAGUGUUCUCCAGGUCAUUACUACAACACCACAGUGCACCGGUGUAUCCGCUGCCCAGUGGGGACGUAUCAGACAGAGUUCAGACAGAACUACUGUAUUUCCUGCCCUGGGAACACCACCACUGAUUUUGAUGGUGCCACAAGUGUUUCGCAGUGCAAGAACAGGCAAUGUGGUGGCGAGAUGGGCGAAUUCAUGGGUUACAUUGAGUCGCCCAACUAUCCCGGUAAUUACCCUGCUAAUGUGGAGUGUAUUUGGAACAUCAACCCGCCCAGCAAGCGCAAGAUCUUAAUUGUGGUGCCGGAGAUAUUCCUGCCCUCGGAGGAUGAGUGUGGAGAUGUGCUGGUUAUGAGGAAGAACUGGUCGGCCACAUCCAUCACCACCUACGAGACAUGUCAGACGUACGAGCGGCCCAUUGCCUUCACAGCUCGCUCCAGACGUCUCUGGAUUAACUUUAAGUCCAACGAGGCCAACAGCGCCAGAGGCUUUCAGAUCCCCUAUGUUACUUAUGAUGAGGACUAUGAACAGCUCGUAGAGGACAUAGUGCGAGAUGGAAGACUCUAUGCCUCAGAAAACCAUCAAGAAAUCCUCAAGGAUAAAAAACUGAUUAAGACUCUUUUUGAUGUGCUGGCUCACCCAAACAACUACUUUAAGUACACCACUCGGGAGUCCAACGAGAUGCUUCCUCGCUCCUUCAUACGCCUCAUAAGCAGCAAAGUGUCGGCUUUUCUGCGACCAUACAAGUAAUGCUCACACAGCCGCCGAAGUUCCGGAUCGUGAUCCCCGGCAGCCCUCUUCACCUUACAGGUCACAUCCCGCAGCUCUCAAAGGACUUAAAACAUACAUACCAGUGUGUUUAAUCUCUUAUUUUCCAUAGGCUUUGACAAUAAACACUAUGCAGACCUGAGAAAUACUGGACGUUUGUGUUUUAGGUUUGUUUGUUUUUUUCUCAGUUUCCAUUUAGCACAGACCUGUAAUCCCGAACGCUCAAGCAUUUAGGGAUGUAGAAUAUGUGAGUGGGUUUGGUUUCUGUUGUGUAAUGAAACCACGAAAACAAUAGAAACGCCAAUUUGAGACAGUAGGAGUGACGUGUUGUGCGCGCGGUUAGUGCUUGUUAUUGUUUUUGCUUAAAUGAUAAGUCUGUUUUCAACUCCUACCAUUAAGUAUGACUGUAAGUGUUGCGUAACCCUAGUUCCAUCCUCAGUGUCUGUGUGCUGUCGUCAAGGAGGAGCGGUUAAAAUUCAUGUCACAGCUGCAUUCCAGGUCAUUCAAAGCCUUACUUUAUUUGAGCUCUUAGAGCAGUUUCCAAUGGUUUUUCUGUUCCGCCUGUCUAGACUGUAGCAGUGUUUUUCAACCUUCAGAUAAUUUCUUCUUAAGUCAACUUAAAGCAAAUACAAACAGUGGGUUACCAUUCCAGGAACAUAGUGGACAUUUGGGAGAUGAAUAACUCAUAAUUUGUGAGAGCCACAGAAAUGAGAUAAUGUGAUGUCUAGUGGAACAUAUCUCAGAGAGAGAGGAAUGUCUUUGAGGGACAUUAUGUUUGCUGCUUCUUUUAAAAAGGUCACUUUAAUUCUUCAAUCUUCAUGUUGUCUUCUGAUGUGCUCUACACACUAAUAGUCUCUAGGUUAAAAACAAUGACGCUCCACAUCUUCAAUACUUACUGUUACUGUAUGUGGACUACCAGUUGUGUUUUUAUUUCAAUCUUGUAAAUAAUUAAAUUAGACGAGAGUUGAAUUUCUUUUUUAAUCCUAAAUUUCUCAAGCAGGAUCCCUAAAUAAAACAAAAAAAACACUUUCCACCCCACCCGUCUCAAAUCCAAAGACACCCAAUGCCCCCUUUAAACACCCCUCUCACAUUUUGUUCUGUCCCAAUAAUGACAGCUCUUCCAAAGACCGCCACAAAAAGGCUGGGUCACUUGGUUUUGUGCACUAAAUUAAGAGUCCGCCAUCCUAUCCUUUUUAGUACAAAGUGCAAUGAAUGGAAACACAUCUUCAUUUUUUUUUAUUUUUUUUUUACACCUUAUUGUGACCCACAACAAAGCUUAUAAAAUGUGUUUUAGCCUGCAUUCUCAUUGUAUAAAAUAUUUAUCAGUCACUAUGGGCAGAAGAUGCUUAGGUUUCAACGUAUAACUGCUCUUAUUUAGAGACAGAAAAAUGUGAAGUCUGUCAAGAAAUGUAAUUUAAAAAAAAUUAAAAAAAAAAAAAAAAUGUAUUAGGUGUGUAAAAAAAAAAAAAUUCUUUGAUUUCAAAACGGUUACCAAAACAGGGUAAAAUGAUUUAACUCCAGUUCUAAAACUUCGCAUCUUGUUAGCAUCUGCCAAGUUAAAGGAAUUGUUUGACAUUUGGGAAAUAUUUCGCUUUCUUACUUUUAUUGAGAUUGAUCCCAUUCUUCUGAACAGUUAGUUUAGCACAAAGACGGGAAGCAGCUAGCCUAGCUCUAUCCAAAAGGUAACAAAAUCCACGUACCAGCACCUCUAAAGUGUUACAUCUUGUUCAUUUAAUCAUUGCACAUGCAAAAAUGUCACCCGGAGUCUCUGCUUGAUGCCAAGCAACACAAAGACUCCAGGAAGGACUCAUAAGAAAGUGAAUACAUUUCUUAAAAUUAAGGGACUAUUCCUUUAAAGUCACCACCACUGCAGUCAAAUUGGAACAGAUGACUGCACUGUCACAAAUAUAAUCCCAACCCCUUAACCUGUACAUUCAACCCUUUAUAAAUAAAUUAAGUGUCAACGCUUGCUCUGAUAUAACAUUUUAGUUGGAGUACAUUUUGUGCCCGCUCGUGUAAAUAAAGUGAGAUGGCACACGUCAUAUCAUGCACCAAAUGGUAUUUUAAAAUACUUAAACUUUAGGAGAACAAGGGAAGUUGACCACACAUUGUCAAACUUGAGGGCAAUGCUGUGCUAUGCCAAGAAGAAUUUAUAUCCGACCCUCUAAUACAGUCUCAGAUUAUAGCCAUGUAAUAAAUGCCAACAGGCGGCAGCAUCCAAGUGUGUUCACUUGGCCCUCAUGCCCCAAAAUUCCCCCUCCCACCCAUCUUUCCUGCAACCUGAUAAGUUGUUUUUUUGAAUUGUUGCCUUUUAACGAGAGUUUGCUAUGAUGUAUCAUAGAGUUGAUAAUGAUAUUUGCACUUGAAUUGUUAUUGCUCAUGUAAAGAAAUGUCUGGAUUUUGUAUUGUCUUUUUAAAUGAAUGGAAUUGGUGUUCUUAUUUUCUUGUAGCUUGUUUGUUCAUGAAAUGCUCACUCACCGUUUAGUCUAUAGAGAUGAUACACAUAACAUUAUCAACUGUUU